GUUUCUUUCAUCAUCAUUCUUCAAAAUGACAAUGAUGUCUGUUGCUGGGGGUGGAAGAAACGUGAAGAAGCGUGUAAAGAAUGAGCUCGUUUCACUUGAGCCCCAAAUGGAAUGGCACAACAUCAAAUCUGUAAAUGACAAGAUUGACAGAAUGCCGAUAGAAGCUCGCACUCGUUUGUCACUCAUGACAAAUCGCGAUACAAACGAUCAUAUUCGACACAUCCUUCAACAAACAAAACCGAAAUACUUCACAGCUGAAACUUUGCAUGAAAUGCACGUGGAUGAAAACGGAUCACCGCAUUCAAAGCAAUCAUUGACGGUUGAAAUGUCGAAUGAAUGCAAAGGAUGUCAUCGCUUGGCCGAUCAAGUCCUGGCCCGGUGGGUAAAAGAUUCCAGAAAGCUCAUCGCAAGACAAUCUUCCGUUACCAGAUGGAUGGUGUCUGUUGAAAAUCAAACAGAUGCAGAGGCAAAUGUGCAUACUGCUGAGCGAAUGGCUAUCGAUGACGCUACAGACAGCUCCGCUGAGCGAAGCUCUGCAACCGUGGAAGGUGCUAACGUCGUCGAUCGUCCGCUUCGUGAUCCUGAGCCAAGUUCUGGAACGGAAAUUGCCGUUCAAACUGUCAUUCAAGAGGCAGAGGAAGAGGUAAAUGCCAUCAGUAACAUCGCUGGCACUAAACGUAAGCGUUUGGAUGAUGAUGUUCAAACACGCAACAACGGUGAGAAUCAAGAGCGAGAAAAAUGUCACGAUGGGUUUGACAAGUGCCCAAAAUGUUUGGAAAAGUCAGCUUCCCUCGAAAUUCAGAACAUCAUCCUCAAGGCACAAGUCAAACAAAUGAACAAUUUGGUCAGCCGCGAACGUCACGACGAAGAUAUGGGCAAAAUUUACAAGGAAAUUGGUAGAUUGCAUGAGCAGAUGACAAAAGCAGAAUCCAGCUCAGCAAAACAAGUUCAAGAGCUAGAACAAUACAAUCGAAUGCUCAGAGAACAAAACAUCGUGCUCAAGCAGCAACAGCAGGCGGUGAACAAUGAGUUCAUGCAAGUGAGACAAGCUGCACAAAUGCUUCUUCGACGGGCAAAUGUGGCUGUUGAGGUCCCUUCACAACCUCAAAUGGCAGUUUUUCCUGAUACACCGUCAAAUAUGGAUCGUGUGCCGUCAUUUGUGCAGAGAGGAUCAAGCGCACCAUUAAGCUCAAAUGUGACAUCCUCGAACGAUCAGCCAAGUUCAUCCAUGCCUGGCACCUUUCCUCAGCCUGCACCAUUCACUCAACAACCUCAACAGCUUAUUUUAGCUCAAAAUUCACCACUCCCUCGUGGUGGACAACCAACAAAUCAGCAAAUGUUUCUUGCUCGGCCAAAUAAUCAUCAACCUUCCUUUUCGCAACUGCAAAAACAUCAACAACAGCAAGAGCAAAAAAAGCUACUGCAAGAAAAGCUACUGCAAAAAAUGCAGCAACGGCAACAACAGCAAGAGCAUGAAAAACUACUGCAACAAAUGCAGCAACGACAACAACAACAAGCUCGGCAGCAACAUCAAAUGCAGCAAAAUAAGCUUUUGCUUCAACAAGCCGAGGAGCUAUUACAAAGCGAUUUAGUCCAGCAGAAUGCAUCGAUGCCGGUGCAACAGCAAGAGAAAUCUUCAGCUCCACCAAUGAUGCAACCAACAGCUGCUCAAGCGCUACAACAACCAGCUAAAAAGCCAACGCAGCCGGGGCAAGGUGUGCAAACUGAAUUACCUGUGGACCAAAGUCCACCGCAAUUGCAAACCGCCAUUGAAAUUCCUGCAGCUCAGGCUCAGACUACUCAAGCAAGUGUAUCAGCAUCAAAUCCACAAAGAAGAGCCUCAGAAGGUAUGAAAAAAGUCAGCCUGGAUCAUGAAGCGGCUGAGCUUGAACGAAAACACAUCGAGGCCAUCAAAAGGCGUCAGAGUGAAGGUGGACUUGGAGAAGAGCGUGAAUUUGUCUCAUAAGCUCAUUGUGAUUCUAAUCCAUCAACUCCCCCUCGGCUAUGUAUUGUACAUAUAAAAUCGUGAGAGAAACGGUAUCCCCUCUCUGUAACCUUGUAGAUG